AUGGCUCUUGCUGGCAUCGCCAGCGCUAUCGAGAAGAGUCGCGGUUGGACGUACGUAGCCGGGACCUGGAAGGAGUUCUGGCCCCUGGAUUUGUUAUGGUGUUUUUCCUCUGACCAGGAGCUUCGUGUGGCCUCGGGAAUACCAGCACCCUCUUGGUCUUGGGCUGCCAAAGAAGGUGGAGAAUCUUUCUUGAUUAGCGUCGUUUUCGAUUCGUUCGCGUUCAACAAUGAUACUGUUACGUACAUGUCGCAGGUGGUGGACUACUUCUGUCCUCCGACCUUGUCUCAGCACUGCAGUGGUGUUACCACCGAGGAGGGAGAACCGGGAAUGACCAUCACCUUGAAAGGCCCGGUCAGAAGAGGCGUGGUAGGCAAUGGCUUGGGAAACUUUCAGCUCCCGUCGGCGUAUCGAGUCCAGCUGGACGACCAAUAUGGUUCAUCAGACGCGGUCAUGGUGAGUUGGGAUGAAACCCCGAGAGGGGGCGAGCCUGUGCUUCUGCUGCUGGUAGUGACAUGGGAGGACUAUAUGAUUUCUUUUCAACAUGUUGGACUGGUCUUGAUGCCUGAGCCCAAUCAGCUUGCCACCAAAGGAAGCUUAGGAGUGAUUUACAGAAGAGUGGGGGCCUGGAUUGCUCACCGAGCCGAAACAAAUCCGCAAUCUCUUUUCUUCCACAGUACUGAGGCCGAAGAGACUGUGCGAAUAUGUUGA